AUGUCAAAACAUUCAAAAUCAAUUAAUCAAGGUCAACAACAACAGCAAAAUAAUGAUAAAUUUACAGAAAAUUCUUCACUAGCACCUAACAAUAAUUCACAACAAUUUUCUCAGUUUCCUCCUCCAAUGAAGCAAUUAAUAACAACACAAAAUUAUAAAAAUGAAAAUUUAAAAACUUCAACAGACAGCAACCAACCUUUAAUAAAUUCUUUUCAAUAUUUUUCAUCUCCACCAUCUUCACAAACAACAACAAUUUCUUCAUCAACAUCAUCUUCUUUAAGUAGUUCACCUUCUUUAGCUUCCUUACAAAAUAGUUUGUAUUUUGCUAUUGAAAAUCCAGAAAAGCAUUCUAUUGAACAACUUAGGGAAUUGGAAAAACGUCGAAUUCAAUCAAUAGAAUCUCUGGCAAGAAAAGCAACUGAUCGAGAACAAGAUAAAGAAUUGUUAUUACGUGAUUUGGAUGAAAUAAAACAAUUAAUUGUUUCUUUGUUUGAAAGAAUUCAACAAUCUAAUAAAACAAAUAAUAAUGAAUUAUUAAUUGAUCGUCUUCAAACUUUUUGUGAAGAAAUUGAAAGAAUAGCAGAUUUGGAUAUUUUAUUAAAUUGUCAACAAAAACAAUUGGUUGAACAACCAUCAAGGAUUAAACGGAAAAAUGGUAUUUCAAAAAUAAAUGAAAUUGAAAUGAAUGAAAAAGAAGAGUGGAAUCAACGACUACAAGAACAGAUCAACGAUUUACAAUCAAUACAAAAAUAUUUGAACAAAAGAGAAAAACAAUUAGAUGCAGAAAUUGCCUAUGAAUUUGGAGGGGAUGUUGAAGCUUUACAAGAAUGGCUAUUUUGUAAAGAACAAUUGUUAAAACUUUGUAGUGAAAAAAGAUUACUUGAUGAAAAACUUAGGGAAGUUAAAAGAUUAAUUAAUUCUUUGGAAGAAAUGUGCCUUUUACCUGAGGAAAUUAAAAUGGAAGAUUCGAAAGGAUCGAGAGAAGGAAAAAUAUCAGAAUUUAAAGAAAAUUUAAAAAAUUAAAUUAAAAAAAUAUUUGUGCACUAUAAGAAUAUUCCUAAGAUUUUUUAUGUUUUUGUAUCAUAACUUUGUUAAUACUUUUUAAAAUCUUUUUUUUUUUAAUUUUAGUUAGGCUUUAGUAGUUGAAGUUCUAACAUUUACUUGAAUUUCUUGUACUGAGUUUGGGUUGUAGGAGUUUGGGUCGCUAAAUUCAUGCAUGUCAGUGUGAGAAUCAGGCACGGAAUCAGCUGCUUUGAGCAGGCUUUGCUGAUAUGGACCAUCUGAGUCUUUUUGUA